AGUGGCGGUCGGAUGUACGGUUCGCUCAGAGGCUGCAGCUUAGCACCGACGCUCUCCCGUUUUGAGCCAGGGACAUAGCUUCAUUGACUGACUCUGGAUACGUGCAUUGACAGCCAUGUCUCAAGAGGACAGUAUGAGUUUCAAUGAACUUUUCACAGACGUCAAAUUCUACCUGGUGGGGGACAUUGACCAUAAGGUUGUGCAGCUUCUGAAGGCAGGAAAAGGGAAGGAGGUGUCUUACAAUGCCCUCGCCACUCACAUCAUUGCAGAGGACGGAGACAACCCAGAGGUGGGCGAAUCCAGGGAGGUAUUUGAUCUGCCGGUUGUCAAGCCAUCCUGGGUGACUCUCUCAGUCCGAUGUGGAGACCUCUUACCAGUUACUGGAUUCUCCCCUGAAUCAGAACAGAUAUUCUUUGGUGUGACAGCUUGUCUUCCCAGGCUUCCAGAUGAUCUAAACACCUUGUGGGCUUACAUUACCUUUUAUGGAGGAGAAUGUCAGCUUAACCUUAACAAGAGGGUCACCCACUUAGUGGUUAAGGAAUCAAAAGGGGCAAAGUUUGAGUGUGCCCUGAAACACUCUGGUAUCACGAUUGUUACCCCGGACUGGAUCACAGAUUCUGUUAAAGACAAGAGCAGGAAGGAUGAGGCUCUCUAUCAUCCUAGACUUAUAUACGUGGAGCCUGAGGAAGAAGAAGAAGAGAGUGAAGCAGAGUCGUAUGAACAGCACUCUCAUUCAGACGGAAGCUUCAGCCCUCGACGAACCCAGCUCUCCAGCUGUGACUCGUCUGGUGAUUCCAGUCCCAGAAGAAGACCAGGCCCCAAAAAACUUAAUUCUGUGUCUCCAACGCCCCUCCGAAAACCUGAGCGCCGCAGUGAGCGUAUGUUCGAUGACUCGGACGAUGAUUCCCCAAUAGAGAAGGAGGGUACCAACCUCAACUGGACGCCUGCUGAGGUUGUUACGCCAACACCACCUAUUCUGACCGGCACAGCUAGACGCCGGGCUGGGCCACCCACCAACAAAGACUCAACGUCAUCUACAGGUAGUGGGCUGAUCAACCUCUGUGCUACUGUGCCUCCUGUGCCUCCUGUACCUGGCAGUGGGGCAGCAUCACCUGCAGAGGCCCUCCCUGGUGCUGUUGCCAUCAGUCAAAGCACACAGCAAGUUCCAGAAAGCUGGAGUCCAGCUGCCAGAACCCUCCGCAACAUUACUAACAGCUCUGAGAUGCAGCCAGCCAAUCGACCUGUCAACAUAGUACAUAUCAUUCAGAAUCUCACAACCAAUCAGUCAAAGCCACUGGAGCAGCAGAGCAACCAGAGCAAUGCUCAAACCCCGAAUAGUGCCAACCCUAUUCUGUUCAGUCAGUCCAAAUUGGCUGCAGAGCAGCAUCAGCACUUACUGCAACAGUCACACCAGGCUGCCCAGCAACAGCAUCAACAGUUACCACAGCAACCACAACAUCCUAUAAUGCACCUCCAACAACAACAACAACAACAACAACAACAACAGCAGCAGCAGCAUCAGAAUCAGAUGAUGCCACUACAUCACCAUCAGCAACACAAUCAACAGCAACAGUCCCAAGCUGCACAGCAACAAAGUUUCCCACAGUUGCCCCAACAGCAGCAGCAGUUUCUACAACAACAACAACAACAACAGCAAAUGCAGCAACAAAUGUUUUCACAGCAGCAGCAAGCAUUCUCCCAGCAGCAACAGCUGCGGCCACAGCAGCUCCUGCGCCCUGGUUUACAGCAGCUGCAACAGCAACAAGCUCUGCAGCAACAGCUUCAACAGUUCCAACAACAGCAACGUAUGCAAAUAUUACAGCAACAACAGAAUCCACAGCAGUUACACCAACAGCAUCUACAGCAGCAGCAACAGCAUUUCCUACAACAACAACAACAACAACAACAAAUGCAACAGAUGCAUCAGCAGCAGCACCUGCAGAACCAGCAACAGGCUCUGCAGCAACAGAAUCAGCAGGCCCUACAGCAACAGCAGCAGACGACGAAGACAACGCUACAGCCUCAGCUCCAGCAGCCGGCUCACAUUACCCAGCUGUUUGGACACGAGCUGGGACAAGAAAUUCCACAAGAUGGCUUCCUGUUAGGCUGUGUGUUUGCUAUUGCUGACUACCCAGAACAGAUGGCUGACAAACAACUCCUGGGCACAUGGAAGAGAGUCAUCCAGGCGUGUGGAGGUACUGUUGACCCAAACCUGACCAGUCGUUGCACACACUUGCUGUGUGAGAGCCAAGUCAGUAACAUGUAUGUUCAGGCACUAAGAGAAGGGAAACGCUGUGUAACAGCCCACUGGCUCAACACUGUACUGAAGAGGAAGAGGAUGGUUCCUCCUCAUCGAACACUACAUCUGCCCUUUGCCUUCCCUCCUGGAGCAAAGCCCUGCUCUCAGCAUAUUAUAUCAGUAACAGGUUUUGUGGAUGCUGACAGAGAUGACCUUAAGCUGAUGGCCUACCUGGCGGGUGCCAGAUACACUGGAUAUCUGUGUCGCAGUAAUACAGUCCUCAUCUGUAAAGAACCUAAGGGGCUUAAAUAUGAGAAGGCCAAGGAGUGGAAGAUCCCAUGUGUAAAUGCACAGUGGUUGUGUGAUAUACUGCUUGGAAAUUUUGAAGCACUGAGACAGAUUCAACACAGCAGAUACUCCAUCUAUACACAACCUGAACCACUGGUGCCCAACCUACAACUGGUCCAGAACCUACUGACUGCUUGGAGAACACCAAUCAAAGUAUCUCCUGAAGCUUUGGCGAACCUCCAGCUGUUGCAAAAGCAAAAGAUCGCUGUUUCCACUAGCCAGCCUGCAAACAAGAAGGCCAGACUGGAUGAGAUGCAGUCCCCCAGUAAGAUGCUUCCUCCAGAGUCCACUCCUCAAGUACUGUUCACAGGCUUUGAGCCUUCACAAGUACAGCAGUACACAAAGAGGUUACAUGCUUUAGGUGGGGAAGUAGCAGACAGCAGUCAGAAGGUCACUCACCUGGUGGCCACUAAGGUCACGCGCACCGUUAAGUUCCUUACUGCCAUGUCUGUGGUCAAACACAUCGUUAGCCCAGAGUGGCUGGAGGAGAGCUGGAGGAGCCAGAAGUUUGUGGAUGAGCAGGCUCACAGUCUGAAGGAUGCAGAGGCAGAGGUGUUGUUUGGAUUCAGUCUGGAGGAAUCACUAAAGAGAGCCCACAGUUCACCUCUCUUCAAGGGGAAGUACUUCUACCUCACCCCGGGGAUCUGCCCAAGUCUAAGCACCAUGAAGCCCAUCCUGGAGAGUGCUGGAGGAAAGCUGCUGGCUAAACAGCCUUCUUACAGAAAGAUUAUGGAGCACAAACAGAAUAAGAACCUUCCAGAGAUCAUCUUAAUUUCCUGUGACAAUGACCUGCACCUCUGUAGAGAAUACUUUUUGAAGAACAUUGAUGUCCACAAUGCUGAGUUCAUUCUGACAGGAGUUCUCACCCAGCAACUCGACUAUGACUCAUAUAAAUUCACUUGAUGGUGAAGCAAUGAUUGCAAGAAGCGGAAGAGGAAUAGAGAAGCUACCUGUGUACACUAGUCACAUCUACUUUUCUAUGUUUUUAAUUAUGUGCAUAGAUUUCAAGUCAUUUUUUAGCCUUUUGUUACCUGUUUCAGAAUAAAUAAAUUGAUGUUAUUUUUGUGAAAUUAAUAUUUAAAUUAUAUAGGAUUUAAAAAUGUUCUUGUUUUCAAAUAGAAUGUGUAAAGACUUCAGCUCACACACUACUUUGGAAUAAAGUUUGUGGAAAUCUCGAA